AUGUUCCUUGACAAAAUAAAACCAACUACAGAAAUAAAUGACCCAAGCCUGAAACGUUGGGUAAAAGCUUUCCCAUUCACAAAAGAUAUUGUUGGUAACAUGGAAAGAAAACCAGAAUGGCUACAAAAACAUAUAUUUGGAAACGAGCAUAUUCCAUAUGGACAGGCACUGUUUGAAGAGCUUGAACCAGAAACUCAGGAAAGAGUCAUGCAAACAAUACGCGAAGACUCAAAUACAAACUAUGACAAAAUCUUUCUAGGAUAUAGGUUACCUGAGAUGGGCGACCAGAGCCCAAAGGCAAAAAGGACAUGGGAAAUUUGCAACAUACUAGAUGAACAUAAUGCAAAGAUGCAACAACUUCAAGCAGAGGGCAAUGAAGGAAAAAGAAGAGUUAAAAACUCAGUCAGGAAGAAAGUAAAGCUUGGUCGGAGUGGGUUCUAUUAUGACAUAUAA